UUAUUUUGUUGUUACUUGAUAACAUGAAUUAUGAUAUUAUUAUUUUAUAAAAUAAUAACAAACAUGUUAUAAAAAUAACAUAUUAAGUGUUAAUAUUAGGUGAAUAUAAAUGAUGAAAAUAUUUAUAUAAGCAAAUAUAAAAUCUACAAUCCCAGAAAUGGUUGUAAAUACUCCCGAUUCUCCUAUCACGGCUGAAGUAAUAUUUGUAAUAGAAGCAACAGCAGCAAACAGUGCAUACAUUGGCGAAUUAAAAACUAAUUAUAUUGUUCCUACUCUCGAAUAUUUUCAUGGUGGUGCAUUGGAGGAUGGCGUGGGUAGUGGUUCAGUUUAUGGCAUAGUCACAUAUCAGUCAGCUGAUUGUCAUCCUUCCUUACCCAUAGCAACAUGGGGACCCUUCACAUGUCCACAGGAUGUUGUGGAUACAGUUGACAAAAUACAAUAUAUUGGUGGGCAUGCUGAGAGUCGUGCCUGCAUCACAGAGGCGCUGACUGCAGCCUUAUCAUGCUUAGAAGAAUUGGGUCGCUCUGAUGUGCCACUUCAUGUUAUACUGUUGUGCUGCUCUCCGCCGUAUUCGGCGUAUGCGGGAGGAUUGGUUCCACCUGGUGCCCCGGCGACGGUGGAACAGGCCGCGAGGCUGGUGGGGGAGCGUGGGGUCAAACUGUCCGUGGCUGCCGCGCGGAGGAUACCGGGGCUGGUCGCGCUCUACGAGCACGCGGGAGGGGAACUACAUACGGCUCAGCAGCGGAACUACGCUAAGGAUCCCCGGCAUCUCGUGCUGCUGCGAGGGUACAGCUUGAAGGAACGGCCGCCGAGCCCCGCGCCGCCGCCCGUGCCGGACAUACAGACAGAUGUUUAUGGGCAAGGACGUGGCGCAGUGUCGGUGGCAGCGCCGCGGGUGCCUCCGGCGCCGUUCCCGCGCGCCCCGGGCGUGUCUGCGGUGGGCGCUGUGGCAGGUGUAGCGGGGGGCGUACGCAACACGUGGCUCACGCCGCAGCGUCAGACACUGUACGCUAACAACUCCGCGUUGCUCACGCAACUGGCCCAGCCCUCGUACCCGCCGCCCGCUCAGCCAAACAUGCAACGUAUGCCAAUGAUCCAACCUGGACCCUCAAAUGCUGGGGUUAGUGGAGUCACGAGUGGCCCCAGCGUGUCCAACGUAGGUGGCAACGUGGGCACCGUGCCCAAUGUGGGCCAGAUGCAGCGCACGUUCAUAUGGAGUGGGGUGCUGGAGUGGAUGGAGAAAGGGAAGACGACUGGGGAGCAGCAGAAGGUCACCAAACAUUUACCUUGCCAGGUAUCCGCCAAUUCAAAAGACAUCGAACCAGAGCUGAAAGUGGAUACAUGGCCCAACAAACUGCUGAUGCAGUUGAUGCCAAAACAGUUGAUCAGCAAUAUCGGCGGCCAGUAUCUGAAAGACAGCAAGUCGGUGCUCUUCCACUUGCAGCAGAACGAGGCCUUGGAAGCUCUCACCAAAGUGAUGGUCAACGGGUUUGCUGGAUGUGUUCACUUCUCACCUAUGGCGUCCCCCCCUCAGUGUGAUAUUAAGGUGCUGAUUCUGCUGUACACCCCGGACAAGAAGGCAUACCUGGGCUUCAUACCGAACAAUCAAGCCACCUUCGUGGACAGGCUUAGAAAGGUUAUACAACAGCAGAAGAUCAGCAAACAACUUCCGGCCCCAGUCAGUGCUGCCAACAUUCCCCCCUCCAACAUGCAGCCCAGUGGGGCUGGUGGGAUCGCGAUGGGAAUGAACCCAGGACUGUCCUCGCAACAACACCAACAGCAUCCUCAACAUGCGCAGAAUAUGAUGAUGAGCGGUAUGGGUGGGCAGGUUGCCCAAGUGUCACAAGUCGGGCAAGGUGGAAAGGGUCCCAGGCCGGUCAGCCAGCUUGAUGGGCUGGAAGCCGCCAGGCAACAGAACCUGGAGAAGAUACAGCAUCUGCAGCAGACUUUGGAAGCAGCUCACCAGCAGGAAGCGCAGUUCAAGUCCCAGAUGGACAUCAUGUCACACCUACACGUGGCUCAACAACAGGAGCAGCAUUACAAACAGCUGGAAGAACAACGGAAACACCAACUGCAACAGAUGCAGCAGCUACGCGGAGCUGGUGUUGGUGUGGGUGUGGGUGUAGGUGUGGGUAACGCCCAUCAGCCUCGCAUCAUGCGUCCGAUGAUGCCCACCAACCCAGGACUUAGGCACUUGUUGCAACAGCAACAGCAAGCGCCGCGCGGGCCCCGCCCCCACAUGUGAACACGCACGCACGCUCACGCACUCACGCGCACGCAUAAGUAAUGCUUACAUUUAUUACUAACAUUAGUUACGCGCUUACACGACGAUAUCGCAAUCAUCAAUUGUCUAUAAUAUGUCCUGCCCAAACGUUGCUUAAACGAGAAUACGAACAAUUUAUUUUUGAUCAUUGCGCAAUACGUGUGUUGACGCACUGCACGUAGCCAAAGACAGACACAGAUGGCGAACUAUUGUCAAAAAGUCGAUUCCUCAGAGAAAUCAGGACUCCCAGCAAUGAGGAUAACGACGUA